UACUCGCGCAUUCUCUUAACUUCUCACACCGAGCACCCGACUCGUGCGUGCUUCGAUAAUAACCUUAGUACGCGCGUGUCGGACCGUCGACCGCCAUCUUCGAUGAAAGAUUCUUCAUUUGCAACAUCGGUGUUGGACAUUAAGCCCCGGCCCGGUUCGACCGGGCCCGAUCCGGCCCGAGCCCGCCCACUGAGCUCCGACAGCUUCUCCAUGUCUAAGCUAGCUAGCUUAGCCCUCCUUCCCUCUGUUGCGAGGAAGAAGCAAGAAAGCAAUGUUAAGAGCGCCGCAUUUCCCAGCAAUGGCUUCCACCGCUCUCACCGCGCUUAGACUCUCUCUGAUUCCCACUUUCAGCUUCUCUUCUCCUUCGCAAUCUCGCGGUAUCUCCGCUACUCCUCCGCUCUGUUCGACAAGGCACCUCUCGCCUUCUCCUCCUCCCCUCGGCCGGAAGCUGAAGCCGGCCCAGCCCGCGUCGCCCCAUCCACGCCUCGGAGGAGCAGGUAUUUCAGCUUCGUUUAGUUCUCAGCCAAGUUCUGGCAAUGGGAGGGAAUUACUAGUGCAGCACUUGCUUCUUAAGGAAAACGACCUCGAUCUUCUGCUUGAGCUUCAGCAAAGGGUUUCAGCAGGAGAGGAUCUGAGUGACCUUGCAGUUGAACACUCAAUUUGUCCAUCAAAAGAACGAGGUGGGAUGCUAGGGUGGUUGAGAAAGGGGCAGAUGGUGCCAGAAUUUGAGGAGGCUGCUUUUAGUGCGCCUAUAAACAAAGUUGUAAAAUGCAAGACUAAAUUUGGAUGGCAUUUAUUGCAAGUUAUUUCCGAGAGGGAAGAGUCAGUUCUUCAAGACAUACAGCCUGAUGAGCUUCAUGUCAAAAUGCAAGAACCCAGUUUCCUUGAUGAAUCUCAACUCAUUGAUGUUAGAGAGCCCGAGGAAGUGGCCAAGGCUUCUUUGUCUGGUUUUCAAGUUCUUCCACUUCGUCAGUUUGGCAGUUGGGGACCAGAAAUUACUACGAAGUUAGAUGCUGAGAAGGAUACUUACGUAAUGUGUCACCAUGGAAUGCGGUCGUUGCAAGUCGCCAAGUGGUUGCAGACACAGGGUUUUAAGAGAGUAUUCAACUUGUCUGGGGGAAUUCAUGAAUAUGCUGUCAAGGCUGAUCCAUCAAUCCCAACUUACUGAAGUUGCUGUCAGUGGAAUUUUGUAGUGCCUAGACCGGGUUCUCCGAAGUUGCUUCGUCUUCCUUAACAGUCACAAUACCGUCUCUUGUUGUCUGAGAUUUGGCCAUCACAAUGUUAAACUGGUUUUGCUCAGGCAAACUUUGGUAUCUUCAGCCUCAGAAAUAUACCCUCUUUCGGUCUUUCCGUGUAGAAUCCCUUUUCUACCAAGGCGGCCAAAAAAACUAUACGCUCUCUUACCAUACGAAUUUCAUGUAAGGGUUCCCCUUUUUUUUAUUGGACUAGUGUAAAUUGAGGCUCUUCUCAGGUAUUUUAUUCAAAUGAGACAUGCAGUGGAGUUAAUGA